CGGCUUACGCGACAUGAUGUAUGAGCGCGAAGACACCUAACUCUAUCUAUUAGUACGAAUAUCAAGAUAAGACCUUGGUUUGGUGCAAUACGUCGAUGGAAAGGACCGCGAACAUGGCCUGCGGCCCCGCAAAUUGUCCCGUGCGGUGAUCUCGGAAUGCCCACAAGGCAUCUGGGCAGCAGUUUCUUCCGUUCGCGUGCCUGCGAACGCUUCUGACGUACCUGAUAUAUCUCACGCGAUAGACUGGUGAUUGACUCUCUACUCCGCGUUCAACUUUACUUCUAUUAGACAUCAAUCUCCCUCCCCCACAUCUGGAGCUACCCCGCCAUCGCUAUCAUCAUGGCUCCAAACAACAUCGUCCACUUACCUAACGGUCAAAAUCUGACUGUGAUUCCUGUGUUCGGCGGUCUCUUCUUCAAGGCGAACGAUCUCCUCAACUCACACUCUCCCUUUCCGCCCGGUUGGACAAUCGUGUUGAAUUCGGAGGACGAGAUAGACCCUGAACAAGAGCAGCAAGAUGAGAGCGACAGCACAACCCCCCCUACACCCAAGAUACAUCGUUACAAACGCCCUACUCUCCAUGGCGACCACUUGUACAUCUCAUCCAUCUCAAACCCAAGUAGCAGUGACUACAAAGCUGCUGCAUCGCCCACCCGCCAGAUCGCCAUGAUGCUCUGGGCAACGUUGUAUUGGUACUUCCACCAGUACGAGCCGACAAUCCAAGUCACAAAUGACUUCUCGAAGAACACUGCCGACGCAGGGAAGCCAAAGGGGGAGUGGAGGAUCAACAUUAACCGCGAGGGCGUUUUCAAGGGCAAAGUAGUGUUGCCAAAACUUGAGCGCAUGGGCCUGAUAGCAUGUGAAGACUCGACAGUAGGGUGCGCGCAAGACGCAAAAUGUGCGGAUGGCUGGACGAACAUGUUUGUGAGCCGGACAACGUUUUGGCAGUUGGAUCCCAGGAUCUACCUCUUCACGCUCUCGCCCAUGUCCCAGUCUCCUUUCUCAACAGGCUCGCCAUACCCUUCGAGGCCGUCGUCUCCAGUACCUGGAUCAGAAUCGCAUCAGGAAAACCAAAUCGAGCAGUCUUCUACGGGGUUGUGGUCACCUACAGCGCCAGGACCGUUCCAUUCAAGUUCGCAUCUCCCGACCUACUAUCCACCGCCGCCCGCGCAGUACAUCUUCUCCAACCACGUCCGACAUCCCAUACGGCCAAAACCACCCAGACAGGGCGAGAUGUUCUAUACCAGGUACAUACCCAGUGUUGGGCAGUACCUCUCCUUCCGAGUGGCUUCCAUAUCGUCCAAGGCCCUCCGUCAUCGCGGUCCAGUGUCCACAAACAUACCCAACUCUCACCGUAAGAGUUCCAGCGCCGCAUCAGAUUCGCUCGUGCCUACUUUCGGUUAUCAGAGCGCUGAGCAUUCCGACUCCGAGUAUCUUCACAAGUGGAUGAACGAUCCACGCGUAUCGCAUUUCUGGGGCGAAGCUGGUCCGCAGUCUCACCAAGAGGAAUUCCUCAGGAAUGGGUUGCAGUCGAAGAAUUCUUUCCCCGUGAUAGGCUGCUGGGACGGAAAGCCCUUUGGCUACUUUGAGAUAUACUGGGUUAAGGAAGACAAUAUUGGAAAGUACCUGCCCAAUGUGGGCGACUAUGAUCGAGGGUUCCAUUGCUUGAUCGGUGAGCAGGAGUUCAGAGGCGCACACAGGGUCAAGCUGUGGUUGAGUGCGCUGGUUCACUACUGCUGGCUUGCAGACCACAGAACAGAAAGGGUCAUGCUGGAGCCGCGAGUUGAUAACGAAAAACUGGCGCGAUAUCUCCAAGAAGCCGGCUUCUACAAGGAGCGAGAGGUAAGUUUGCCACACAAGCAGAGCAAUCUUUUUAAGAUCAAUCGAGAUGUUUGGAAACAGCCAGCAUUGUAGUAGGGAAUUUGAAGGUCAGUCGACUGAUGAUAACUUGGACAUGACCUCACGGCGAGGUCGAAUAUGGAAAUACCACACGUUUCAACUUAAAGUUUUUGAUAGGGUACGGAUAAGAUGAUCUGGGACCUUAGAAUGAUAUCCAACACUAUUAUCACGCG